CUACUUUGCUACUCUAUGCGAUCAUCUAUAAAAACUUACACAGACGAAAAGAAAAUGAAGUAUCAAACAACUACAACAUUAAUGACUUCAUUCACCAUGUACUUGUAUUUCCUUUCCUUUUUAUUAAGCACGUCAGUUUCAAUCUCAAUGGCGUUGUCCGAUGAACAACCAGAGAACUUCAUUGUUCAUGUCUCUAAUUCACACAAGCCAUCCAUCUUUACUUCCCACCAUGAAUGGUAUACGUCUACACUCCAAUCUCUCCCUCAUUCAUCUCAUCCCAGAGAGAUCCUUUACACUUACACUCAUGUUAUGCAUGGUUUUGCGGCCCGUCUUACACCUUCUCAAACUUAUCAUCUACUAAAUCUCCCUGGAAUUGUGUCAAUCCUUCCAGAAGAGAUUUAUGAACCCGAGACUACUCGUUCUCCUGCAUUUCUUGGUCUGAGUGAGAAAUAUGGUCUUUGGCCUAAUUCGAGUUAUGGCGAGGAUGUCAUUAUUGGUGUUCUUGAUUCGGGAGUUUGGCCUGAACUGCCGAGUUUCAGUGAUACUGGAUUAUCUCCAGUACCAAAUAGGUGGAAAGGAAUUUGUGAGACAGGGCCUGAUUUUCCGAUAACAUCCUGCAACAGAAAAUUAAUUGGUGCCAGAUCUUUUUCUAAAGGACUUGGAGCGCUUAACGAAUCGAUAUCACCAAGAGAUACAGGCGGACAUGGUACUCAUUGUGCGUCUAUCGCUGCUGGAUCUUCGGUCAAGAAUGCUGGAUUCUAUCAAUAUGCAGUAGGAGAAGCGAAGGGAGUUGCCACUCGGGCAAGAAUUGCUGUAUAUAAGGUUUGCUGGAGCACUGGAUGCAGUAAUUCAGAUAUUCUUGCAGCAAUGGAUGAAGCCGUGGCAGAUGGAGUUGAUGUGAUAUCAUUAUCUGUUGGUUCCCCAGGAGUUGCUACACCAUACAAUUUACAUGCAAUCUCGAUAGCUGCUUUUGGUGCUAUGGAAAAAGGAAUUCUUGUAUCCACCUCCGCUGGAAAUGCAGGACCAGGUCCAUCCACUACAAACAAAGUGGCACCGUGGAUGUUAAAUGUUGGGGCAUCAACAAUUGAUAGAGAAUUUCACGCAGAUGUCAUUUUAGGGGACGGUAAGACUUUUGAUGGUAUCACAAUGUAUUCUGGCAAGCCAUAUGGGAAUUCAGCGGCCAAAUUAGUUUACGCUGGUGAUAUUGGUAGCCAAUUUUGCAACAAAGGCUUCCGUUCAAAUUCUUCUAAAGUUACUGGAAAUAUUAUUCUUUGUAAUUCCGGUGGUGGUAUCCCAAGAUCUGCAAAAAGGAGCACGGUGGAAAAAUCUGGUGGUGUCGGAUUGAUUCUAGUAGAAGAUCCUAAAGAAAUCGGAUAUGGAUUGUCUGCUAUUAGAUUUAGUACACCUGUAGUGGUGGUUGAUAUGGACACUGGAGCUGCAAUUCGAGAAUACAUCAAAUUAGAUCCAAAACCAACAGCUACAUUCAAAUUUGAAAGAACUGUGAUUGGUAAUUCGCCACCAGCACCUAAAAUUGCCAUCUUUUCUAGCCGUGGUCCUAACAAUUUAACACCAGAGAUCAUCAAACCGGACGUUAUUGCACCUGGUGUAAAUAUUUUAGCCGGUUCAACAAAAGAUUCCUACGACAUAAAAUCCGGCACAUCCAUGGCAUGUCCUCAUGUGAGUGGAUUGGCCGCAAUGCUUCGCCAAGUUCAUCCGAAGUGGUCACCAGCUGCAAUCAGGUCUGCGCUAAUGACUACAGCUUAUAACCUUGAUAAUUCCGGCAAGUAUAUUAGUGAUCUCUCAACUAGCAAAUUUUCAACACCAUAUGAACAUGGGUCAGGUCACGUGGAUGCAAACCGCGCUCUAAAUCCAGGUUUGGUGUACGACAUUGUCCCUGAUGAUUAUGUCGCAUUUCUUUGUUCCAUUGGGUACAACCAAAGACAGAUUUCUGUUUUUGUCAAGAGUAAGAAGGUUGAUUGCAGAUCUGUAGCGCUAUCAAGUCCGGGUAAUCUUAACUAUCCAUCAUUUUCAGUUGUCCUUAAACCAGGAAAUGUUGAUACCGUCAAGUACAAAAGAGUCGUUAAGAAUGUUGGUAGUUCAGUGGAUGCAGUUUACAAAGCAAGGAUUAGAAAUCGAUCACCAUAUGUUAAGAUAAGUGUCUCUCCAACUAAACUUGUGUUCGACAAGAAUAACACCAGCUUGUCCUAUGAAAUCACAUUCGUUUCUAAGCUAAUCGAGCCAGACACCAGAGAACACGAAUUUGGGUCAAUCGAAUGGUAUGAUGGAGUACAUCUUGUUAGGAGUCCAAUUGCUUUCAGAUGGGUUACUGGUAGUACUGCUAGCUUGAUUUCUUCUGUUUAAUGUCUUUCAAUUUAUCAGUUGUAAUCUUCCGCAUUUAAUA